CGGAGAGCGCCGCCCACCCAUCCGGGGCGAGAGCGCUGCGGGCAGAGGCAGGCUGGGCCGGGGGCUGCCGGCCCUCGACCCCUACCGUGACCCUGUAGCCCCCAGCCCGCCCCCAAGAUGAUGAAGCGGCAGCUGCAUCGCAUGCGGCAGCUGGCCCAGACGGGCAGCUUGGGACGUACCCCGGAGACUGCUGAGUUCCUGGGUGAGGACCUGCAGCAGGUGGAGCAGCGGCUGGAGCCAGCCAAGCGAGCGGCCCACAAUGUCCACAAGCGACUGCAGGCCUGUCUGCAGGGCCAGAGUGGGGCAGAUAUGGACAAGCGGGUGAAGAAGCUUCCCCUCAUGGCUCUGUCCACCACAAUGGCCGAGAGCUUCAAGGAGCUGGACCCUGAUUCCAGCAUGGGGAAGGCCUUGGAGAUGAGCUGUGCCAUUCAGAACCAGCUGGCCCGCAUCCUGGCCGAGUUUGAGAUGACCCUGGAGAGGGAUGUCCUGCAGCCACUCAGCAGGCUGAGUGAGGAAGAGCUGCCAGCCAUCCUCAAGCACAAGAAAAUCCUGCAGAAGCUGGUGUCUGACUGGAACACCCUCAAGAGCAGGCUCACCCAGGCAGCUAAGAGCUCGGGCAGCAGUCAGGGCCUGGGCGGUGGACCAAGCAGUUACAGCCACACUACUACAGCCAACAAGGUAGAGACGCUGAAGGAAGAGGAGGAGGAGCUGAAGAAGAAGGUGGAGCUGUGCAAGGACGAGUACUUGGCCGACCUGUACCACUUUGCCACCAAGGAGGACACAUAUGCCAACUACUUCAUCCACCUCAUGGAGAUUCAGGCCGAUUACCAUCGCAAAUCUCUGAGCUCACUGGACACAGCCCUUGCUGAGCUGAGGGAGAACCACAGCCAAGCAGACCCCUCCCCCUCGAUGACGGCCGCCCCCUUCUCCAGGGUGUAUGGGGUGUCGCUGGGAGCUCACCUGCAAGAGUUGGGCCGGGACAUUGCCCUGCCCAUCGAGGCCUGCGUCCUGAUGCUGCUCUCUGAGGGUGUAAAGGAAGAGGGCCUCUUCCGUCUGGCUGCAGGGGCCUCGGUGCUGAAGCGCCUCAAGCAGACAAUGGCUUCGGACCCCCACAGCCUGCAGGAGUUCAGCUCUGAUCCCCACGCCGUGGCAGGUGCCCUCAAAUCCUACCUGCGGGAGCUGCCGGAGCCCCUGAUGACUUUUGACCUCUAUGACGAUUGGAUGAGGGCAGCCAGCCUGAAGGAGCCGGGAGCCCGGCUAGAGGCCCUCCAAGAGGUGUGCAGCCGGCUGCCCCAAGAGAACUUCAAUAACCUCCGGUACCUCAUGAAGUUCCUGGCACAACUGGCUGAGGAGCAGGAGGUGAACAAGAUGACACCCAGCAACAUCGCCAUCGUCCUGGGGCCCAACCUACUGUGGCCCCCUGAGAAAGAAGGGGACCAGGCCCAGCUGGAUGCAGCGUCGGUGUCGUCCAUCCAGGUGGUGGGCGUGGUGGAGGCUCUGAUACAAAACGCAGACACCCUCUUCCCUGGAGAUAUCAACUUCAAUGUGUCAGGCCUGUUCUCAGCCCCUGACCCCCAGGACAAGGUCAGUGACAGGCCUGCCUCUGAGGACCUUUCAACCAUUGCUGCGCCCACCCCCGUUGCCGCCCCAGCUCCGGCCCCUACCCCAGCCUCAGUGGCUACCAAGGAAAGGACAGAGUCUGAGGCUCCCACCAGACCAGCUUCUCCCAAGGUCAGUCGGAGCCCCCCGGAGGCAGCCGCCCCAGCGGAGGACAUGGCUCGGAAGACCAAGCGCCCAGCACCUGCCCGGCCCACCAUGCGACCCCCCCAAGUCUCUAGCACCCGCUCCUCCCCUCCAGCCCCACCCCUGUCCCCAGGCUCUGGCAGCCCUGUGACCCCCCAGGCUCUGCCCCGCCGUCUGGUUGGCAGCAGCCUCCGAGCCCCCACAGUGCCACCCCCAUUGCCCCCCAUUCCCCCCCAGCCUGCCCGGCGCCAGAGCCGGCGUUCACCAGCCUCCCCUAGCCAGGCCUCCCCAGGUCCAGCCUUCCCCAGCCCGGUCUCUCUAAACAUGCCUGCCCAGGUGGACCUGGGGGCGGCCACAGAGGCGGCAGGGGGCCCUGAGGCUGUAGGCAGGGUGCCUACUCCCCCAAGUAUGCCCCCUCAGCCCCGGCCCAGGAGCCUGGCCUCAGAGGCUGACUGAGCUGGUGGCUCCUCCCUGACAGCCCUCAGCGCCCCCUCCAUCCCACCUUGUCCUCCCAGGACACAGCCCUCGCCCCUCGCAAGUGGUGGAGGCCUCCAGACUUUGCCUACAAGUGCCUUGGUGCCUGCUGGGUUGGCCCCCACGGCAAGGAGGACUCAGGACAGUCCUCUACUUCCAGUCCUUUUCCGCUUUGGACCCACCCUGGGCUUGGGGGGCCCUCAGCUAAUUCCCCACUCUCUGGCAUGGUCCCCGGGGAGCCACCAGAAGGAAGGCAAGCUUGCCUGCUCCUAUUGGACUGAUUUUUCUCUUGCCAACAUGUUUUUUUGUAAGGCUGGCAAAUAAAUUAUUUUGGACAAAACUGGAA